AUGCCCGAUUUUGCCCCGUCUUCUCUCAAUUCCAUGGAUGAUAUGAAGUACCAACUCCAGUCCCUCCUCGACUCCAAGGAGAAGCAACUCCAGCAGGCGGGGACGCUCGGGCAGCGGGUUCUGGCCCAGCAGAUGGAGCUAGAAGAGCGCAUCAGGCAGAUCCAAGAGUUCGCGGCCGACCAUUCUGAGGACGACGACAUCGACUUGCAAGUACGCGACAAGUACGAGGAGCUGGCGAAUACGAUCCGCGCGUGGGAUACGGAGAACGCGCAGUUGUCCAGUGCAUUUGGAUCCCAGCGCGCGGUCAACGGAGCAAAGCCGUCGCCUUCUGUCACGCCACACCAAGAACCCGAGCGGUCAAAGGUGUCCUCAGGUCCAUCGUCCGCAGCCCAAUCCCGCCGUGCCAAGAAUGCUGCUCAUCGCGCAGACGACGUCGAAUUCGCGUUCGAGAUCGGCAGCGGACUCCUCACGGAGGUUCGGCGCCUUCAGAGCUUGCUCGGCGAACGCGACAAGGCCAUUCAGGACAUGAAGGAGGAAAAGGACGAUCUCGAGAGGUCGGUCGAGAGCUUGCGCACAGCCCUCAAGCAGCAGGAGGCGAAUGCAGACAAGUACAAGGAGGAGAACUGGAAUCUUGAAGUCACGCUGCAAGAGCUCCGAGCCCAGUUCACCGACUCUCAAGGAUCUGUACAACGUUUAGAGGGCGAGCAUAAGCGCCUCAACAAGCUUCUCGCCAGUGCGCGUGACACGAGCGACCACUUCAAGAACGAGGCCGAGCGUCUUCAGGGCCUUUAUGAUGAUUUGAAGUCGAAGCACGAGACUGAUAUCGCUCAAGCUCGGAAGCACGCCGCCGGACUCGCUCGUGACAAGUCCGACCUUCAGCAGACCGUGGACGCGUUGAAGGCACAGCAGCAGCGCGCUGCUCGGCGCAUAGGUCGCUUCGGCUCUCCCCUGACUCCUGGCGGCGAUGCGGAUAGUCGUGCGAACGAUUUCUUGACUCCGGGUGGCGGCGAGGAUGAUUUCUUCAGCCCUGGAACCACUGGUGGCAUGUCAAUCAACAGGCGACGCAUGGAGAGCAACACGCUGUACGACGACGCCGCCUUUGGCGAAGAACUUGAUCCUGAUAGUCCGGAGCCGUCUCCUAGUCGUCCUUUCCUGUCUCCGAAUCACCCGACUAACGAGAUCGAAGCUUUGCAGCAGCGUCUAGCACAUGCGCAACGCCAGAUCAACACCCUGAAGAGCAGCUUGCAGCGGGAGAAGGAGUCGAAGUUGGAAUAUCGCAAGCGUCUUGUGGAAGCAUCUCCCCGAGCAGUCGACGACCUUGAAGAUGAUGGAUUCGAGGAUGAGGAGACCGUCGAUGCGCCUGCCAAUCGGUCAACCAGAUCGCGAGGUACUCCUUUCCGCUCAGGUGGCCGUGGAAGAGGACGCGGUCGUGGUGGUCGUAGUGGCCUCACUCUGGCGCAAAGGCUGGGCAUGGCUGCUAACAGCCCCUCGUCUGAGUACAAUGAUGACGACGAGCUCGAUACGACCGAUGCGCCACCCGUCCCGCCGAUUCCCAUCAACUUCCAGGCCGCAGACGAGCAUCACGACGUACUCGUCGAGGAGGAAGACGAAUUUGAUGUGCCGCCUCGCGAGCCAUCCCCGUCGCCCACGAACCGCUCCAACCGCACGAGCGUCGAUGGCAUGGACCCUGCUUUCGCGAACGUGCUCAAGAGGACACCGUCUACGAGCUCCAUACCUCACGCUGGCAGUCCUCUUCGCCAGUCUGUGCUUGGGCGUUCCACUCGUGGUGGCACCAUCGGCCGCAAGGGACGCGGCGGCGCAGCCUACAUGCAGAGUCGUCCGCCCUCGCUCGUUGGUGCGCCGGAGGCGCUCUCGGCAGAGCUGAACCUCAGCGGCUCGCCGUUGAAGCGGAACGACUCGCUCAGAGUUGCCAUCGACGACGGCCCUGAGACUGUUGACUUCGGCACGCAAACUGAUCCUGAGCCCAUCAAGGAGGAGAUCAAGCCAGAGCCGGCGCCUGUCAUAGUACCAGAGCCGAUCGCAGCACCAACACCGGCUGUCCCGACCGUUGCUACUGUGGAGAUGGGCAUCCAAUGCGAUCCUGAGCCGUCACCACCACCACCUUCGACUGCGGAGAGCUCGAUGCAGACAGAGCCCGAACCUGUUGUGCGUCGAUCCAGCAUGGGCGUCCAGCACGAGUACAAGGAACCAGUGCCCGUCCGCGUCGACAGCAGCGUUGGGACGCUCCCCGUCUCCGUCGCAGAAGCCGAGAUGCAAACGGUCGCCGUCGCUGCACCCCCUGCAACGCCGAAGAGCGCAGUUGUCCCGGUCGAGGUUGAUCGCACUCCUCGUCGUUCAUUUCCGUUACAAGAGAACGACGAUGGCGAAGAGACGGAGACGGGUCCAGCGACGGAAACCGAUACGGACGCGUACCAGGAUGCUCUUCAGGGGAGAAGCGGGUCGCAAAGUCAAGAUGACGACUUCCAUUCGAUCUUGACUAUGACGGAGAACGACUACCCCAGCUCGGACGAAGACGUAGAGAGCGUGACGACGUCGCGGGUGCCGCCACGUCUGAACGACCAGUCGGCUGCCUCUUCAAGACCUGAAUCCUCCAUGUACACUACUGCAUCGGAGAUCGCGGCUCGCUCUGGCACUCAAUCACCUGUUGUGCCCUCAGCCACAUACGACUCCAAGUCGGUAUCGGCAGAGUUCAUUGCAGAGCCGGCGCCUGUCCAGCCUGCACCACCAAAGCCGGUCCUCAAGGAUAUGUCCAUCCAAACCGACGAGUGGAAGCCGCCUGCACCGAUCGCUUCACCUAUACCAUCUUCGCCUGGUCUAUACCGCGUUGGUGUUGGUGCCAACCAGCAGUUCCAGUUCAUCGCUCCUUUACCGCCGUCAAAGGCAUCUACCCCUUCGAACGCGGCAGCGCCUGCAGCGCAGACAUUGGCGACCAAGCCCGCAUCCGCCACAGCAUCCGUCUUCCGCGAUGUAGGUGCCCGAUACAGUCAUUCGCGCGCGUCGUCUGACAGGCGGGAGUCCUUGGAGUCCGCCAUGUCUUCCUUCACCGACGAGUCCCGUCCGCGUCUGUCCUCGGGCGGUUCAUCAAACCUGUUGGACGCCUUCAUCGAGCCCAAGAGACGGCCGCCGACAAUGAUGGUGCCGCCGCCCCCUCGAGCACCCCCUCCACCAGGCAGCAUGCCUCCGCCGUCCUUCAUUCCCGAGCGACGCUCGCACGACAUCCCUCCGCCGCGACCAUCUUCCCCUCCGCCUCCGGAGCUCAUCCAGCGGGCCACCACUCCCACUUUCGGCUCCGUGCUGUCUGUGCCCGGCGGCGGGCGUGGCACAUUCGGGAGAGCUCAGGGGUCCAGCAUGCCUCCUUCCCAGACGUCGGCCAUCAGGCAGCCCCCAUCCACCAGCAGCUUCAGGUCCGCGUUCAAUGCCUUCAGCAGUCUCAGGGGAGAACGUCGGGAGAUGUCCAGCACUUCCUUGGUGUCGGACCACAGCAUGGCCUCGCCGCGCUCCUCCAUGUCGUCCGAGCACUACCGGGCUCAUGUCCUUGCCAAUGCUCCUGUCACCCCGAGCAGAAGCCAGGGACACGACAUGUCCGCACGCCAGCUGGCCAAUCCGACGGACCCGGCGAUCAUCCACGCGAUCACGCAGACAAUGAUUGGAGAGUACUUGUACAAGUAUACUCGUCGGACGAUCGGCAAGGGUCAUGGCGAGAAGCGGCACAGGCGCUUCUUCUGGGUGCAUCCGUACACGAAGACCUUGUACUGGAGCGACGCGGACCCCGGCUCAUCCAAUGUCGCGGAGUCGAGUGCGAAGAGUGCCUACGUCGAGGGUGUUCGCUCGGUGCUGGACCCCAACCCCAUGCCGCCGGGUCUGUACCAAUACAGCGUCAUCAUCUCCACGCCUCAGCGUGAGAUGAAGUUCACCGCACCUACCAAGGAGAGGCACGACAUCUGGCUCAGCGCUCUCAAGUACCUGCUGUCUCGGCCCAAUCCCGCCAACAUCUCUGCUGGGAACGCGACGGUAAUGCCGCAGAGUCCGAUGUCUUCCUUGUCAGAUGAUGAGCGUGACCGUGGCAACAUGCUGACCGGCAGUCCGCAAAGCGCGCGCAGCGGUCGAAGUGCUCACCGCAGCGAAGGGUGGAAUACGACGCCAAGGGGGCAGCGCAGUCGGUCGCGAAUGUCGCAUAUCGGUGGCUCUAUCGGGAAGCGCGCGGGUACCCCUGCUGCCGAAUACCUUCGUUAUCAGCCGGAGAGCCCCUACAGCCCCACGAGGUCCUUCGUCGACGUUCCUGCACCGGACGACGACGACCUGGACUUCGAGCUGCAUGGCGAGUCCCUGUCGGAUGAGGGCUUCGAGGGCUUGGAGAAUGUACGCGCAUGCUGCGACGGACGGCAUACGGUCGGACGCUCGGGCAAGAUACACCACCAUCACCAUCACCACCACCACAGCGGCGAGCCUGUGGCCGCGAACGGGCAGCGGCUGGACGCACCAGCGCCAGAGCGACCGAUCUCACCGUCCGCGUGGUCUUUCCGCUCGCGCGCCGGGAGCACGAACUCGCGCGAAGGGGGCCUGUUUGGCUGGGGCAGGGGAGACGACGGGAAGCUGCGCUUUGGGUCGCGGCGGUCGAAGACGACGCCCGUGCCCGAUGCUUAA